AUGAAGGCACAUGGUGUGCCCCUCUGGCUCCUGGGCAUGAUGGCCAUCCUAUGCUUAGGGCACAGCCAUGCUCUCAGGAGAUGUCCCAUCUCCAUGGACAUGCACCACCUGCAGCAGAGUUUCCAAGACAUCAAAAGAGCCAUGCAAGCCAAUGAUACCUUUCAAAACAUCACUGUCCUGUCCACCCUGGAGAACCUGCAGAGCAUUAAGCCACUGGAUGUGUGCUGCGUGACUGGGCACCUCCUGGCAUUCUACGUGGACAGGGUGUUCAAGGAUCAUCAGGAGCCGGAUCCGCACAUCUUGAGGAGAAUCAGUGGCAUUGCCAAUUCCUUCCUCCACAUGCAGAAGAUGGUUCAGCAAUGUCAGGUGCAGAGACAGUGUCACUGCAGGGAGGAAGCCACCAAUGCAACUCAAAUCAUCCAUGACAACUAUAAUCAGUUGGAGGCCCGCUCAGCCGCCAUCAAGUCACUGGGAGAGCUCAACGUCUUUCUGGCCUGGCUUAGCGAGAAUCACCAAGACGGCUCUGCAGCCUGA